AUGUUUGCUUGUGCGCGCUGUGGAUCGAAAGGCCUUUUAAAGAGACCAAAGACGGGCGAUGUUCUCUGUCGCGAUUGUUUCCUCUGGUGUUUUGAGGAGGAGGUUCAUUGGACAAUAACUUCUGCAAGACUUCUCCGCCGCGGUGAUAAGGUGGCUAUCGGAGCUUCUGGUGAUUCAACUGUUCUUUCUUACGUGAUGAAAUUGUUGAACGACCGCUAUGAUUACGGUGUUGAACUAAUCCUCCUCUCCAUUGACGAAGGAAUUACGGGCUAUCGGGACGACUCUCUAGAGACGGUGAAGCGUAACAAGAAGCAGUUUGGAUUGCCAUUGAAGGUGCUCUCCUACAAGGACCUCUACGGUUGGUCUAUGGAUGACAUUGUUCAGAAAAUCGGCUUGAGAAAUAAUUGUACCUUUUGUGGUGUCUUUCGUCGACAAGCCCUUGAUCGAGGAGCAGCACUUGUGGGUGCCAAUAAAAUAUGUACUGGACACAAUGCUGACGAUAUGGCCGAGACUAUUAUGAUGAAUGUGCUCAGAUGCGAUAUAGGUCGUCUCAAACGAUGCACGGAUAUCAUCACUGGGGCAGACGGAAAUUUGCCAAGAUUCAAACCAUUCAAGUAUGCCUACGAAAAGGAAAUAGUCAUGUAUGCCCACGUGCGAAAGCUGGACUACUUCUCAACGGAGUGCAAGUACGCACCGAAUGGUUACCGGGGCCAUGUUAGAGCCUACAUCAAAGACUUGGAAAAACUGCGCCCACGAAGUAUCCUUGAUGUCAUCUCUUCUGGAGAACAAAUGAUCAUCAGAGAGGAUGUGAAGGUCCCCGUCCAGGGUAUGCUUCUGACUCCUCGCGUUGAUAUCAUGUUUGGUUGUUUUGUAGGAAACUGCGCUGUUUGCGGGUACAUUUCUAGCCAGAGGUUCUGCCAGGCCUGUAUUCUCCUCAAAACGCUUAAUGACGGCCUUCCAAAAAUUGCAAUCGGUGAAGGUGUUGUCAUACGACGGCCGCGUUCAAAGAAAAUCACCGAGGAAGUCGCCAAGUCCCUGAACGAAAUAGCCCUUGAAAAAUGUGCUACUUGUGACAGUCUGUCUGCCCCAUGA